AUGCCCGACAUGCGUGUCGGCUUCAUGGGCCUCGGCUUUAUGGGCACACCUAUGGCCCUCAAUCUCUCCCGGAAAUUUCAAUUGACCGUCUGGAAUCGCACAGCUGCCAAAUGCGCGCCCUUCCAGGCGACGAGCGCCGCCAUUGCCGACACACCUGCCGUUGUCCUGCGCCAGUCCGACGUAGUCUUCACCAUGCUCAUCAACGAGGCGGCAUACCGGGCAGUGCUCGACAAGGACUUUACCGAUGCGCUGCGCGGAAGGACCAUCAUCAACACAAGCUCAGUCUCCGUGGCCUUUAGCAAAUUUCUGGACGAGCAGGUCAGGCAGGCCGGCGGGCGCUACCUCGAGAUGCCCGUUAGCGGCAGCAGAGUGCCCGCAGAGCAGGGCCAGCUGGUGGGCAUGCUCGCCGGCGACCGCGACGAGGCCCGGCGCGUCGACCCGCUACUCAAGACCAUCACCAAAGCCGCAGUGUACUGCGGCGAGAUUGGCAUGGGCCUGCGCACGAAAUUCGCGAUAAACCUGUUUCUCAUCACCAUGACGGCGGGACUGGCCGAGUCGAUGAACCUGGCCCGCGCGCAGGGCCUCGACGUCAAUGCCUUUGGCGAGGUGCUCGACGCGGGCCCCAUGGCGUCGGCAUACUCGAGGCUCAAGGUCGCAAAGAUGAUUGCGGAGGACUGGUCGCCGCAGGCUGCCAUAUCAGACUGCUCUAGUGUUACGGAGCUGGUGCAGGAGGCGGCGGCCGAGGUCGGCGCAGAGACACCCCUCAUGACGGUAUGCGACUCUCUGUACAAGGAGGCGGUUAGUCGUGGCUUCGGCGGUGAUGACAUGAUUUCGAUUCACCAGGUCAUGACGCCUGCUACAAAUGAUGAAUAG